UCAAUACCCUUCACUCCUUAUCUCCGCCUCCUUCGGUUUCUCUCGAAAAAAUCUGACAAACAAACAUGGCCGACGACGAAUCUCACUACUCCUCCUCCGACUCUUUCUCCACCAAACGCAAGUACGACGACGAAACCCCCCGGAGACCCACCGGCUUCUCCUCCGGCCCGAUCCCAUCCCCUUCGCCAGACCCCUCCGCCGCUCCUCCCCCGUCUUCCUACAACAGCGUCCCCCCUCCUAUCGACGAAAUCCAGAUCGCCAAGCAAAAAGCGCAAGAGAUCGCCGCUCGCCUCCUCAGCAGCGCCGAGGCGAAACGUCCCCGCGUCGACAACAACAACAACGGCUCUUCUUAUGAUUACGGCGACAAAGGCUUUAGCUCCUCUUACCCUGGUGAGGGUAAGGCCGCUCCAACUUCGAUACCUGUGUCGUACGGUAGCUUUACGGGAUCCACGAAGAAGAUUGAUAUUCCGAAUAUGAGAGUUGGUGUUAUCAUUGGCAAAGGCGGAGAGACGAUUAAGUCUCUUCAGCUUCAGUCUGGAGCCAAGAUUCAGGUUACUAGAGAUAUGGAUGCGGACACUAGUGCCGCCACGAGGACUGUUGAUCUUACUGGCACGCCGGAUCAGAUCUCUAGGGCGGAGGAGUUGAUCAAUCAAGUCCUUCAAGAAGCUGAGUCAGGUGGUACUGUUGGUUCUGGUGGUGGAGGGUCUCGGAGGAUGGGUGGAGCUGAUCAGUUUGUUAUGAAAAUCCCCAAUAAUAAGGUUGGUCUUGUGAUUGGUAAAGGAGGUGAAACUAUCAAGUCUAUGCAAGCUCAGACUGGUGCUCGAAUUCAGGUUAUUCCUUUGCAUUUGCCCCCUGGAGAUCCAACGCCUGAAAGAACUUUGCAGAUUGAUGGGACCACCGAUCAGAUUGAGCAUGCUAAACAAUUAGUUAAUGAAAUCAUCAGUGGCGAGAACCGUAUGAGAAACUCAUCAAUGGGUGGAGGCUAUCCACAACAAGGAUACCAAUCCCGCCCGCCAUCAAGCUGGGCACCAUCUGGUGCUCCGCCACCACAACAACCUGGCUACGGUUACAUGCAACCGGGCACAUAUCCUGGUCCACCUCAGUACGGUCAAUCACCUUACGCAAGUUACCCUCAACAAACUUCCGCUGGCUACUCCUCUACCUGGGAUCAAUCCUCUGUGCCACCAUCCCAGCAGGGCGAGUAUGAUUAUUACGGUCAGCAACAGCCCCAGGCCCCAAACAGUGGUGGAAGCUCAGCCCCACCGACAGACACCACAGGGUACAGUUACUACCAGCAUGGGUCUGGUUAUGGCCAAGCUGGUCAGGGAUACCAGCAAGGUGGGUACGGAGCUUACAACGCCUCGGGAUAUGGCCAAGCUGGGUAUGACCAGCAACAGGGUGGUUAUGGCACCACCACUAAUCCGGGUCAAGAGGAAGAUACAGCCCAAGGCGCUCCACAAUCGUCGGCUCAGUCUGGACAAGCUGUGUAUGGAACAGCUGGUGAACAGCCUACUCAAGGUAGUACUGGUCAAGCAGGGUAUGGAGCUACUCCAACUACUCAGGCUGGUGGUUACAGCAGCCAGCCUCCAACGGCUUACAGUUCUGGAUAUGGAGCACCACCACCUGCUGGAAAACCACCGGCUUAUGCUCAGAACCAGCAGUCUCCUGGCGCUCCUGGGAGCUAUGGUGGUCAGUCUGGGUAUGCGCAACCAGCUGGGUCGGGUUAUGGACAGCCUCCAGCAUAUGGGUAUGGUCAAGCACCUCAGGGAUAUGGGUCAUAUGGAGGAUACACACAAGCUCCUGCUGGUGGUGGUUACUCUUCUGAUGGGUCUGCUGGAGCUGCUCCUGGUGGUGCUGGUAGUGGUACACCGGCUUCCCAGAGUGCCCCACCAGCUGGACCGCCUAAGGCAUCCCCAAAGAGUUCAUAACUUUUAUGGAAAAGUUUCAGCUGUUACUAAAAUACUGGCUUCCUUGCUCUUUAUUUGUUUUCUUCAUGAUAUCUUUUAAUGUUUGUGUUUCACGUUGUAGUUGUUUAGCAUUUUCAUUUAUAGUGAGACAUGCUUACCAAGAGUUUGGUCCGCUUUGCUUCCUUCCUGUAGUCCGUGACUCCUUAUCCCUUGAUAUUAAUAAAUGAACUCUAAAUAGGGUUUAAUGCGA